CCUACCCUUAAAAUAGAUUUAAAAUGUGUGGGAGAGGAAAGGUUCAUUGGCCUGAGGUUAAAUAUCAAGAUGACUGACUCAAGUGAACAACAAAUCAGUUUGGAUGCGAAUGUGCUCGAGGUAUCCUCUGGAGGUUUGCAAUCAGAUUAUCAAACAGAGGAUGGCCAAACUGUGACUACACUUGCUUCUAGUGCAGAUGCAGCUGAUACUGUAUUGAAUGCAUUCACAACUGUUGCUGAUGGGUCUGAUGCUAAUGUUGAAUAUAUUACAAUAACUCCUGAAUCAGCUGCUGGUGUCGUUGAUGCACCCGAGGAAAAGCAAGGCCAAGCGACUCCUAAUGAUGGUGCAGCAGUCCUAGAGCAAACACCUAUGGAAACCGAAGCCAAUGUUGUAACAUCAACUUCAUCAAUGCAACAGAAAGAGCAGAAGAGUGUUGUGCCACCUACUUCUAAUGUACAAUCUACUGAUUCAAUAUUAUCUGGCGCUGUGACAAGAGUUGAAGUGUGCAUGUCUCCAUCAAACAUGGAGGGAAAUCGACCGGAAAUCAAGCUUGAUGCCGAACAAUCAAGAUCGCAAGCCGAGCUCGAUGCUGAUGAAAAUAGACAUCAAGCUGAGCUUGAUGCUGAUGAAUAUUUUCUUAGUAGUAUUUUAAAUGAGUCUGACGUGGAUGACGGGACUUCCGAUGACGACAGCAAUGUUUCAACAUCUGCUGAUGAAUGGAAUGCACGGGAUUCAGACAUGGAAUCGGAUGGUUCUUCUUCAGGGGACGACGUUUCUCCGGCAUUGACAAGCACAACACAAAGUAAGCGAUUGAAGGCGAAAAAAUUGCUCGAUUUUGAAUCUGAGGAAAUAUCAUCACCAGUCCAUGACUCCCAGGAAGCAACACCGAACAAGCGGUCACGUCGCCGUGCACCAGUUCAGGACUCUCAAACAGCGACGCCGAGCAAGCGACCACGCGUGCAAGUAAAAGUAUCUCUGAAUCCUGAAUUCAAAUGGGAAAAAGUUUCUCCCAAAAGAACAUUACGAAAAUUCGGUGGGGCAGCAGGCGUCACAAGUCGUGGCAUUUCUGCAUCUUCAACUCCUUUGGAUUGCUUUCUACAGUUUUUCACUGUUCAAGUGUUCAACCUUAUAGUGGAGAUGACAAACUUGAACGCAGAAAGAAAACUCCAAGAUAUUAAUGCUUCUCGCAACAAACCUAUUGUGUUUGAACUCACAACAUUCAAGGAGAUGAAGGCUUAUUUGGGCUUUAUUAUAGCUAUGGGAAUCAUAAAGUUGCCUGUUCUUAGUAUGUAUUGGCAGACAAAGCAUUGGAUUUUCAAUGUCCCGUCUUUCGGCAAGAUUAUGCCAAGGGAUCGGUUUCUAGAUCUCACAAAAUUCCUUCACUUUUGCGAUGAAUCCGAGGCGAUGUCACAUGAUGAUCCGAUGAGAGACAGACUUUUCAAAUUGAGGCCACUUUUGAACCUUCUCGAACAGAGACUGAUUUCUGUAUAUAAACCUCACCGUGAAGUUUCAAUCGACGAGUCUCUGAUAUCUUUCAAAGGCAGAAUUUGCUUUCGCGAAUAUAUCAAAACUAAAAGAGCUCGUGUCGGAAUGAAGGUUUGGGUCUUGGCUGAGUCUAAAACUGGUUAUGUUUCCCGCCUCCAAAUAUAUACAGGGAAAGACCCCGGAGCUUCCGCUGAGGUUGGACAAGCAUCAAGAGUUGUCAAUGAUCUAAUCGCUCCUUUUGAGAACCUAAAUCAUCAUCUGUAUGUAGACAACUUCUAUACAAGCCCUGAUCUGUUUGCUUCCCUGCUUGAGCGAGGAGUAUAUGCAUGUGGAACAAUGAGGCCCAACCGGAAAGAGUUCCCAAAAGAUCUUUUAAUCAAUGAUGCAAACAAGACUCAGAGAGGUUUCUCUGACUGGAGAACGUCUGGUGAACUUCUAGCACAGUCUUGGUUAGAUAAUAAGGCUGUCUAUUUCCUGUCAACAAUACAUUCACCACAAUACCCUUCGAAUUACACUGGUCGUAGGAUUGUGCAUAGGAAAGGUAAACGCAACAGUGCAACUCCGUAUGUACAACUCAAAUGCCCGCCUCUCCUCAAAGACUACAAUUCCUACAUGGGUGGUGUCGACCUUGCAGAUCAAAUGCGUAAAUACCACAAUAUGACGCGAAAGUCAAACGUGUGGUAUCGACGGGUAUUUGUAUAUCUGUUGGAAAUAUGCGUACACAACGCAAGGGUUGUAUGUGAAGCGGCACAUGGUCGACGGUGGAAUGGUGGCCAGUUUCGGCAAGAGCUCGUGAACGAAUUAAUUGGGGACUUUAGGAUAAUAAGGCCAAAUGGUCGAAGAUCCGAUGAAUCUGCUGCAACUACACGAUUAACGCCUGGCCAUCAUUUACCUAGAUCUACUCAUGGUCGAAAAGUCUGCGUGGUUUGUUCCAAAAAGAAUAAAAUGGGCACACAUGUAGUGGAAAAUGUGUCACGGACCAUAGUUAUAUGCACAGAAUGUGAAGUGGCUCUCUGUGUAGCAAGUAGUAAAACUUGCUUUGAAGACUAUCAUAGGAAAGUUGAAUAUUGGCGAUAAAAUCUAUUUAUUCAUCAACAUGAUUUUGUGUAUUUUCCAUUAUACCUCAUUUUGCAAUGGUCUACUUUGAAGGAAUAUUUAUAUAUAGAGGACUUGCAGGGGUCACGUGACUUUGUUUACCAGACGGCAGAAAAAAAACGUCCAGCUGGCUCCUGUCAGUUGCAAGUCGGA